CCAUUUUCAAUUAUAAAUUAUGAAAAUUCAAAUAAGUCUGCGUAGAAUGCACAGAGUGAUGAAAAUAUGGCGGGAAUGAAAUCGACCAAGCAAACCUUAGCAACAUGAAUUGUUUUCUGAAUAUAGUGAAAGGAGAUUUCAGACUUUGUCUUGCAUUUCGCAUUGAUCGGUCGUCGUUGCAUAGGCUUUAAUUUAAUUUUUAAGACAAAUUGCUGAUCGAAACACGGUCAAUCUGGCAACGUAUUUGUUGUGACAUUAAUUUACAAAUCGCAUUGUAAAUGAAGUUACUAAAAUUUUUACUUCGCUACUUUCCGCCAGGUAUAGCUCUUGAGUACCAGCAAGGCGGAAAUAUCAAAACGAAGAUGAUAGAUCUUUUGGAUUUGACUGCUAACACAGACGUAAAAGCCCUAGCUGAGAGUAUAAAAGCUGCGGAGCCGAUCAUAACUGAUGGUGUAACUGAGCAGUUGGUAGAAACAUUGCAGAAACUUCAGUCCAAGGUCUGUGAUGGGAAUUUUAAGCGUUACUACAAGUACAAGACCCUGCAAACUCAUCUGCUACCUCUGACAAACAUCGCGUUUGAUAAAUUAGGUAAAAGAUGCCUGACGGGCAGCUAUGACCGAACUUGUAAAGUUUGGGACAUUGACAGUGGAACGGAGCUUCUUACUCUCGAAGGCCACAAGAACGUAGUGUACGCAGUAUCCUUCAACAAUCCCAAGGCGGACAAAAUAAUGACCGGAUCUUUCGACAAGACUGCAAACAUAUGGUGCUCUCAAACUGGGCACUGUUUGCUCAGCAUGUGGGGCCACGACGCGGAAGUUGUGGUUGUUCAAUUCUCGCCGACACAAAACCGCGUGGCUACUGCCUCGAUGGACGCCACGGCGAAAAUUUUUCAUUUAGGAUCUGGUCAAGAAUUAGGUACUUUAAAAGGACACACUGCAGAGGUGAUAGCUCUUCGUUACAACAACGAUGGUAAUGAGGUAAUCACAGGCGCGUUUGAUGGAACUGUAAGCGUUUGGGACACUCGAACCAUGCAACGGACGAGCGUCUUGACAGGUCACUACGAAGAAAUAUCGAACUGUCACUACAAUUUUGACUGUUCGCUGAUCGCUUCGUCUUCCAUGGACAAAACUGCCAAGGUUUGGGACGCCCGGAUGAAUUCUUGUCUAGCAACGAUUCGCGGUCACGAGGACGAGGUUUUGGAUCUGAGCUUCGACAACAAGGGUAAAAAAUUGGCCACUGCCAGCAGCGACGCAACUGUUCGAGUUUGGGAUCUUUCUGCCAACUUUGAACAAAUCGCUGUCAUGUCUGGGCAUCGUGAGGAAGUAUCUAAGGUGUGCUUCAGUCCAAACGGCCAUCAAUUACUAACAUCAUCGAUGGACCGAACCGCUCGAUUGUGGUCUCUUGAAACCGGAUGUUGCGUACAGACGCUGAACGGCCAUACCGACGACGUUUUCAGCUGCGCAUUUUCAUACACCGGAGACACAAUAGUAACUGCAAGUAAGGAUAACACUUGCAUGAUCUGGAGGUGACUCGAUUGGUUCCAGGUCGAUGCCUUGUAGCAGUUCGAUCCUGGUCAACGGUGCUAUACAACUUCAUGAAUGUAUAUCUCCUGUAGUGAAUAUAGCGAACUAUCAUGGGUACGUACAUAAAGCGAAAUGUACGUCAGGAAAGAAUGAUGUGAUUGGAAAUUCAUUCAAGUACAAGUAUAUUUGAAAUACUUCUGUACAUGGAGUCAUAGAGAAAGUAAUUAGUUAUAGUUACACAGUCUAUAAUGUCUCUAGGUGUAUAACGUUUGAAAAAACCAUUCGUAUAGUUAUAAUUGCUAUCCAAAGCACAGCUGUGGUUAAACAAAUAUGGCGCUGCGUAAAUGGAUAACAAACUAAUCGUUUCAGCUUCGAUUUUAACUAUAAAUUAUGUGAAUACAAAUCAGCAAAAACUUUUGUUCAUGCGGCCACACUUUUGUUGUGCUACUAAUUUUAUUGUUUAAUACGUCUCGGUUGUAAUUCCACUUUUUACCACCAGAUGGCUUCUUUCAAUAUUUUCGAACCCAAUACUGCAUGGUUAAAUAUAUAAGUCGCCGUUUGUUGUAAAUUAACUAAAUUCGCACUGUCCAUGUCAAUGCAAUAUCAUGUGUUUUGUGACAGCUACGUUAUACGCAUUCAGAUCAACAUUAUCAGAUCCAGAAUACGGUUCUAAUAGUGUGAAACAGGCAUGUAUAGUCAUUAGAUUGCUCAAAUUAACAAUACCUCGUAGUUUAUUAAUCAGGAUAUCGAAGCGUAAUAUUCUGAUCAGCUAUAAUUUAAUACCUAUGCAUUCCAUAACUGCGAUGAUCUGAUUGUGAAAUAUUUUGCGUUGAUUCCAAUGUAGAUAUUAUUAUUAACGUGUUAUUAACGUGUAUUUACUCGUACAAUGAAAUGAAUCAUAAUAAAUAACGUCUCUCCAGAUUAUUCUAUUCAUAUUCUCGAAUGAAUCAACCGAUUUUAGAUGUAACCAAUUGGGUGCGUGUAUGUAUCUUUGAAUUUGAAAUGAUGCGAAUCGAUAAUCAUUAAGGCCAAAAUCUUUAGUGACCCUCUUUAAUUCAUAUUGAUGAUGACAAAAGUAUUUUCAGAGCGUAUAGCUUUCAAGGGAAUUUGAAUUGUCAGGAAAUUUGCACGUGUGUGAAAAAACCGUUAAAGAUCAGGGAAUUCGGACUUGUAUCCUGGAAUUUUUGUAUUUUCUUCCUCACUAAUGUACGAUUCUUUAAAACGUAGAACAUUACUCUUCGUGACAUAAUUGAGGAAGUAAUGUACAAAGGGUAUAUAAAUUACAAAAAAUAUGGUUUCAGAGGAAUUUCAAGAAUUGAUAAAUAUAUGUUGAGCACUAUGUAAAAUUUAUGAAAAAUAUAAACAAGUACUAAAAAAAAGUUAAUUCUGUCAGAUUAAUGUUUCCACCUUCGUGCUAAGAAAGAAUGGUUAAUCCUAACCUUCCUGUAGUUUCUUGAAAUUGGAGUAUUUAUUGAUAUAUUUGGUAAUUGAGUUUGAGUAAGAUUGAACUGAAAGAAAAAUUCGACUAUGUUAACUUAAUUUGGAAACAUCUGAUGUCCAAUUUCUAACUAAUUUUUAAAAGUGACUUUGUUAGUAAAGUUAGGUCGAAAAGAGUCUUGGAAAAAUGUCUAAUUCAGUUUUGAAAACCGGGAAAUGUCAGGGAAUUUUAUGUGUCAUUGACACGAGACACUCUGAUUUUCCUACCGUAUAUUUUUCUUGAUGGUAUGAAUUCAUUAAUAUGCCAUUU